AUGAACUUCAUGAAGUGGAUGUGACAGCUGCUGCUCUCAAAACCCUCUAAAAGCAAACGCCUAAGCUGUCACCGGGGGCUGCGCUGCAGUGCUGGAAUCUUUGCUGUCUGUGCUGUCCUUCGCUGUCCUGGCUGCUCCAAUGAGGCUGCCCAUGCUCCCCAUCCCGCUCUGGUCCUGCUGCUGCUCCGGCCCUGCUCCCUCGCUGGCUCACUGGGCUGCUCUCGGAGAGGCUUCAUCGGAGAAAGACCCGCUGCACCCCCGCGGAUCUCCCCCGCCGCACCCUGCAAGCCAGCGCUGGACCCCUGGUGGUGAAAAAAUGGCUCCGCAGGCGGUGUCCUCAACCCCUGCCACCCCACUGCAGGAGAAUGAAGAAGAUGAAGAAGAAGUCAGCAGACGCAUGAUGGCCAGGAGGAUGAAAAUCAUCGCAGAACUCUUGCAGACGGAGAAAGACUAUAUCAGCGACCUGGAUCUCUGCAUCAAGGAAGUGAUUCAGCCCCUGAGAAACAUGCAGAUUGCUCGCUUUGACGUGGAUGGCUUGUUUAGCAACAUUGAAUUGGUCCAUCAGCUAUCAGCCAAACUGCUGUCAUUGUUGGAAGAAGCCACAACAGAUGUGGAACCACCCAUGCAAAUAAUCGGGGAAGUGUUCUUGCAGAUUAAAGGCCCACUAGAAGACACAUAUAAAAUCUAUUGCUAUCACCAUGAUGAUGCACACACCAUGCUGGAAUACUAUGAAAAGGAUGAAGAACUGAAGCAGCAUUUAAGAGACUGUGUACAGUCCUUAAAAAAAAGAUAUGAAGAAGAAGGAAAACCAAAUCUAAUGGACCUGGGAUCCCUAUUGAUCAAACCAGUGCAACGGCUGAUGAAAUAUCCCUUGUUACUCCGUGAGCUCUUGAACUCAACUCCUGCUUCUCACCCUGACCACAAGCCACUACAAGAUGCCCUUUUUGCUAUGAAAAACAUUAAUGUGAACAUCAAUGAACUUAAAAGGAGGAAAGAUUUAGUGCUGAAGUAUAGGAAGAAUGAUGAUGAUGAAACCCUUAAAGAAAAGUUUUCCCGACUGAAUAUUCACUCCAUUAGCAAGAAAUCCAAGAGGGUCACCAGCCAUCUGAAAAUACUGACGAGGGGAGAACCUCAGGUGAAAGAUGGAACUUUUAAUAAGGAAGAAAAGUUGUUUCAAACUCUAGAGAAGACUGUGAAAUUGUGUGUGAAGAACAUUUCGCUCUAUUCACAACAUCUCCAGGAUUCUAUACAUCUGGCUGCCCAGAAUAUAAUUGAGCUUCAGGAAAUCCUGCAAGAUAAAGAUGACAAAGUUGAUGACUGUUCAGAAAAACAGACCAACACUGCAAAUCUAUGUGAAGACUUUAUGGCUCAGCUGGACAAGCUUGUCUUGACUCCUCUGACAGCACUGCAAGCCCUGUUUCCAGGCCCUCAGAAGCUCAUCCAGAAGCGCUAUGACAAAUUGUUGGACUACAACAGCUACCUUCAGAGGUCAGCUCGAGAGGAGCUGGACCUGGCAAAGAAAGACUAUGAGGCUCUAAAUGCACAGCUAGUGGAAGAACUUCAGGUAUUCAACAGAGCAGCCAAAAAGAUCGUGUUGAACUGUCUACAUUGCUUCAUCACCCUCCUCAGGAAUAUUACAUUUGCAGCACUUCAAUCAAACUCUGCUGUUGUGGUGCCUGUUCCACUGUCCUCCUCAAGCAUCUGUGAAGUGCAGAAUCAAUUGAUAGAGGAGGUUCACAAACUGAAUUUUGUAAAAGAAAACAGCAGUGCAAUCUUUAUUGAGAGAAAAUCGAGCCUGGAAAAAAAGAAACCUGUUCCUUCUCCGCUGGAGUCCCCACGGCAAACAGAGGAGCACAGGUCCAAGCUGCUGUCCACGUACAGCACCGAGUCGCUGUACCAGGCUAAGCGCAAGUGCAACGCCGCGCAGGAAUUGGAUAUUGACUUGCAUGAAGGAGAACUGGUGGCUGUUGUGGAGCAAAAGGACCCCUUUGGAAGCACAAGCAGAUGGCUUGUUGACACAGGAAUCCUCACAGGAUAUGUGUAUUCCUCCUUCCUGAAGCCAUACAAUCCAGCCAAAGCACAGAAGGAUGUAGCAGAAAAUGGCUUUGGUGAUGAUGAUUUUGAUGACAUCAGCCUCUUUGUCUCUUCACGGCCCCUUACUGACAGCAGCACGAGCAGCCCAGGGUACAAGAAGAGUGACAGCAGUUCACUUUUUCACUUCUGUGAAAAUUCUUCUAUCAAGGGCAUGGAGACUGGGGCUCUUCAGGGUAUGGAUGAUCAGCAGAUCUUCUAUGCUGUUUAUGCAUUUCAAGCUAGAAGUGAUCAAGAACUCAGCCUUCAGGAGUACCAGAGGGUGAGGAUACUUCGCUUUUCCGAUCUGAGUGGCAAUAAGGAAUGGUGGCUAGCUGAAGCAAAAGGUCAGAAGGGAUAUGUACCAUCUAACUAUCUAGGGAAGAUGACAUAUGCUUAGGAGGGGAGGGGCCUGUUGAGCCAGACUCCCUGAAGCAGACAGAAUAAUCAUCCGUUAGGUUUGCUGCAAGCAAAGCAAGCUCAAAAGUGAUUGACAGAAGCCAUGGUAUCCAGCACACAGAUGAUACUGAGAACCUCCAUUCUCCAAAAGCCAUCACCUUGUCAAGACCUGAGGGAGGAAACAUUUAACAGGAAGACUGAUUCUGAUUAACAUGCUGAAGAGCUUGCUUUUCUAUUACCCCAUAAUUUUCUCUUUUGUCAAAGCGUCGUACAUCAAGACUCAACCUACAAGUACAAAUCACAGAUGAAAUUACAUUUUUCUUCCAUGAUAUUUAGCAAAUAAUAUUCAAGAUGAAGAGAAUUAGCCUUGAAAAAGGACAAAUUCAGUCAUCAGGGAUACUGUAGGCUGAGUUGUUCCUGAACUGUUAUCUCAGUGAACACAGACACAUCUUAAAACUUGAGCUAUUUUGAUAGUCUGUUUUUAUCCUCAGCCGCUUUUGUGAAGAACCUUUUUUCUCAGUGGAGAUUAUUGGACUGGGAAAAGAAAAAGGGCUUUAAUUUUAAGGAAACAUUUCAACAUUUAAGACAUACCAGGUGUGGUGGUACCAGUGACUAGUCCCAGGGAAGAAGGGAAACAGUUUGUAGGAAUAUGGAAGUGCCCCAAGUUUGAAAUCCACAUAUGUCUCCACACUAACUGCUUUAGUGCAAGAUCUGUGUAGUGAAAUGAAACCUGUGUUAUUAGUCUUGGGAAAUUUACUAGUUAAAAAGAAAAAAAUAAGAAAGAAAAAAAAAGAGAAGUCAAGUGGUGCCUUUCGAUUAACAUUUAGUGCCUCUCUGAUUCCUUAAGUCAGAUGCAGGGAUCAUAAUAUCUAGUCAAUAAGUUUCUUUAGGUUCACUGACUGCAGUGAUUCCUAGGUCAGGCUGGUGCCCUGCAUUUAAGACAGACUGAAUGGUGACAGCAACCAGAAAACACCUCCUUGUGACUCUCACUGGUAUCUGAGUGCUCAACAAAAGGUAUUUCACCACAGCAGUGCCAAGGUCCUCUAGUGAUUAGCCAAGACCUGGUGCAAAGCACUGCAAAAGGAAACAAAAAAAGUGAUUAUGCCUGCUGCAAAUAACUGAAAGUAAACUCCUGUCAGGUAUUUUCUGGUUUGCAUAAUUGCUUGUACUUAUUACAAAAAUGACAACACUGUUACAAUCGAGGGCUGGGGGGGCAGGUCGUGUUGAUGAUCAAGGGCAAACAGAAACUGUUCUAAAGCUUUUGUCUGAGUUUCUACUUCCCAUAGUUUGAAGAGUGAGGUUUGAAGAUGAAGUGAUUCAAAAUGCUUAGUGAGAUGUAAUAGAAAAUAACCUGUCAGCAAAGAAAGGAUGAGAAAAGUUAGGGCAGUUGCUACACACAAUAGUUUCUGCUAUGCUAAUGAACUUAGUUUCAUUUUCUUUAAUGUCCUCAAUUUUCAGAUUAUUUUCAUAGAAGGGUAGAAAAAGUUGUCAGUCUUGCUCAGAGACUGAAUGCAGCAGGGGAUCACAGAGAUUAAACCUGAAAUUUGUGCUGGAUUAAAUCAUAUGGUAGAGAAACUUUUAGAGUUCUCAGAGAGAGACAUCCAGAAUCUGGUGUGGGAAUCUCUGUGUACUACUGCUAUUCAGUAAGCAUUAUUUUGCCUUAUUGUACAUCACCUCAGGCACUUAAAUCUUGCUGUUCCCAUAGCAAGCAAAAAGGGUUCUCAGUAAUUUAAUGAAUGGAUUUAGCUGCUUUUAUGGAAAGCUUCACCUUUAGUUAAAUGAAGAAAAUAAAAGUGUAGAGGGAGUAUCAGCUUGAAAGAAUGGACUGAAAGACUCACUGCUACCCUUUUACUGCUUUGGCUUUUAUAAUUUGAGAUUAUGGGGAAAAUACACACAAGAAGGUUUUCAGCUCUGCUUUACAAUUUAGAAUAUUUUAUAUGGAGAAGAUCUAUACUUUGCAAUAGCUGAAACAGUUUUAGAAAUGACUGAAUUGUACUUAAUAGGCUUAAUGUAGUCAUGUAAGCACAAUGAUGAAGUUUUUAUUUCAGACAGCAAAAUUAAUCAAGGGAAAGAGGAAAAAAAAAAGAUUUCUGAAGUCUUAGUGCUGAGAACUCAGCUUGAGUCACAGGAGAGCUCAGAUUUUGAGUGUUAGGUACAUUCCCCAUGAAGAAUCAGACUCUGUGAAGGUGUCUCAAAGAGUACUCAAAUGCUGCUCUCCAAAAUAUAGGUAUCCUGAUCCUGAAGUAACAAGGAAUGAAGGAUGAAUAUACUGGAGUUGACCACAUGAAUUUCUGGGGACCUGGGAAUGCCUAGUAGGCCAAAUGAAAUUGCUGUAGAAUUAGGACCCAUAAUAAUUUUUAUUUUGUGGGAUAAUUAUAUGACUUUAUUGUAGCCUUGUAACUUUGGAUCCAGUGAAAGUAUGUAAUUAGGUACCCAGGUGGAUUGGCUUAGUCCAUUUCAGAAAUUCAAAUUGUUAGCCAUUAUCAUUUGAUACUAUGAAUACAUCGCAAACUUUUAUUUUUAAAGCAGAUUAGUGCAAACAGCAAUUGCAGAAAAUUAAGAGAUGCUCCUUGAAUCUAAAGCCUUCCAAAUUAAGGAUUUACAACAAUUCAUAUUAGAGUUGCUCAGUCACAUUUUUGUUAAGACAGUGCUUUAAAUACUAGAAACUGUGUUAGGGUUCCAGAAAUUCAUAAGAAUAUGCAAUAGUUUUGCCACUGGAUUUUUUUUUAAUAUAGGGAAGGUUACAGUAUUCUAGGAGCUUUCUUAUUCUCAUUAAUGACAAAACUAAUUUAUUUUGAUUGAAGCAGGGACAGGCUGCAGUUUGCUGGAUUGAUCUUGCAUGUGUUCAAAUGUGUGUUUUACUGGAGGUGUUGUGACAAUAAACAUGUACAAGUACUUCCAAGAUUGGGUCCACUCAAACUGAAGUGCUUCUCCAAUCAGGGAAUAUUUUUAUGUGUUGCCAUUGAUAACCUGGAACCCAGAAAGUGUCCAAGCCAGUACACAGCAGAGUCCCAGGCUCUGACCUCUGGCACCUCUGUGCUUCACCAUCUUCCCUUUGGCUGGUUGAUCUUUGAGCAGGGGUUCAGCUUUUCAAUGCAAACACAGACUGAAGAAUUAUUCCUUCAUCUUUGGAAGCUUCACUGAGUAAUUACUUCCUUCAAACACCUUCCUUUCUUCAAGCAUACUCUUCCUGUCAUUUUAAGAUAGCUUUUAAAAAUGAAGAUAGAUGAAGUGGACCUACCACCUGCACUAGGAAACACAGCCGUGAUAAUCCUUGCUCCCAUAGAUCUGUUACUAAAAAUUACAAUAUUGUUGGGAAAUAGUAAAAAAAAAAAUCUUCUUUUAAAUUAUUGUAAUAAUAAAAAUCUAUUUUUGUAAA